AUGGCGCUCCGCACACUUGUGACGGGCAGCGACAUGUGCUCUGCGGGGGGCGACGGCGCGGGGCCGUCCAACGCUGUCGGCGCGCUGGUGAACCAACUCCUGGGUGGCGCCGCCAAGACGCAGGAGCAGCUGCGGGACCUGCCAGUGCACCAUGCGCCGCCGCAGCUGCACCAGGUGCCGCUCACGCCUGAGGCGGCGGCCAUGGCGGCGGCAGCUGGUUCCAGGGCCAUGGUCCUGCCGGGGCUGCCCCAGGGCGCCGUGGGCCCUGGGACGCUGGACGCACUGCUGGGGGGCGCUCCUCGCAUGGCGGGGCCCCCCGGGGCCGACGUGUCUGGCAUGGUGGCAGAGUUUGAGCAGAUGCAGCGCGCAGCGGGCCAGGUGCCCUUUGGGCCGCAGCCACCAGGCAGCGGUCCAAUGUUGGCCGCGGCCCCCCCAGCCGUGGCACACAACCUCAGGGCCUUCUUCUCAAGCGCAGGCGCCCGCACCGGUGCCCCGCAACCACUCGCACCCCUGGCGCCCGGAGCCCUCUCAGUGGCCGACCAGUGCCGCGUGCGCGACCGCUCCACCAUACUGGCGCGCCAGCUGUUUUCAGAGCAGGGCCAGGGCUUUGCCGAUGCCCAGGUGGCGCGGCUGCUGGAGUCCCUGUCAGUUGACCCGCGGCAGCUGCCAGGGGGCCUGGCCCACGUCCACGAUGAGGCCUGGCACGGCAUAUGGCAGCAGAGGCAGCAGGCGGGGCCACUGGUGGCCGCGGACGUGGCGGCGGCGCAGCAUGCAGCGGCGCUAGAGGCCGUGUGGCGGGAACAGCAGCAGCAGGCAGCACGGCCAUGGCAAAUGCCCCAUGUGCCGUCAACGGGCUGGGCUGAUGAGUUCGCGCAGAAAGGCUGGGCGGAUGAGUUUGAGCAGCAGCAGCAGCAGCAGCAGCAGAAGCAGCAGCCGGCGGGGCCGCAGUCGUGGGCAGAGGAGUUCACUCAUGGCGAGGGCGAGAAGUGGGCUGGAGAGUUUGAGGCCGCAGCCGCGGAGACCGCCGCGGCCGCGCGGCGCUCCGCCGGGCCAGGGGAGGCCAUGGCCGCCACGCGGCGCAUGGUGGAGGUGCUGGGCGCAGAUGCCGACCCCAAGAUGCGCAACAGCCAGUUUCUGCAGUUCCUGUCCAAGAUGUCGCGGGGGGAGCUGCUGCUGGAGGAGGGCGGCCUCAGGGAGGUGGACCCCGCGGCAGCCGCGGCCGCGCGGCAGUGGGCCGACGAGUUCGACGAGCGGCAGCAGCAGCAGCAGCAACGCAGUGCCGGCGGCACCGCGUGGGCGGACGACUUUGCGAGGCAGCAGCAGGCGCCGUGCGCGCAGCAGCAGGGGCAGCGGGCGGCGGGGGGCGACUGGGUGGAUGAGUUUGCGCGCGGCGUGGCUGACCUGGACAUCGGGGGCGACGCGGCCCAGGAGGACCUGGACGCAGCCUGGGCUGCCAUAGGGUCGGGUGCGGUGCCGCUGGCCGGCGCCGCGGACUGGGUGCGCGAGUUUGGCGGCGACGAGGCGGGCGCGGUGGGGGCGGCACCGGAGGAGUGGGACGCGCUGUACGCAGACGCGCAGCGCGGCGCCGGGGCGGCGGCGUCUGCGGCGGCGCGGGGGCGGGAGUACGCGUUCACCGACCCCAACCCGUUCCUGGGUGACCCCCAGGCCCUGGCCAAGGGCAAGGACCUGUUCAGGCGCGGCCUGCUGACGGAGGCGGCCCUGGCGCUGGAGGCAGAGGUGCGGGCGCAGCCAGGCAACUCCGAGGCAUGGCGGCUGCUGGGCACUGUUCACGCCGAGAACGACGAUGAUCAGCAGGCCAUAGCCGCCAUGGGCCGAGCCCUGGGGGCUGACCCCUCAGACCUGGGCGUGCUGCUGUCCCUGGGCGUGAGCCACACCAACGAGCUCGACCAGGCGGAGGCCGUCACACACCUCUCACGAUGGCUCGCGGCACACCCAUCCUACGCCGCAGCCGCCGCCGCCGCGGGUCCGCCCCCCGAGAGCAGCCAGGUUCUGAGCCACACGCUGCGCACCUUCAAGGCCGCCGCGGCCGCCCACCGCGGAGACUCUGAGCUGCUGAUUGCGACGGGCGUGCUGCAGCACCUGGGGCGCGACUACGACGGCGCCAUUGCGUCGUUCAGGGCGGCCCUGGACCUGGCCCCGGGGGACUACAGCCUGUGGAACAAGCUGGGCGCCACCCUGGCCAACCACAGCCACAGUGGUGAGGCCAUAUCGGCCUACCAGCGCGCACUGGACCUCAAGCCCAACUACAUGCGUGCAUGGACCAACAUGGGUGUGGCCUACGCCAACGUGGGCGACUACACGCGCUCAGCCGCCUUCUACGCACGCGCCCUGUCGCUCAACCCGGGGGCAGACCACGUGUGGGGCUACCUGCGCACCAGCCUGGCCUGCGCGGGGCAGACAGACAUGCUGGCCGCGGCGGACCGCCGGGACUUGGCGGCGCUGCAGGCAGGCCUGCCGCUGUGA